AUGUCGUGGACGAGCGAGUCGCCGCUGCUGCCGCGCGGCCCCUCGCCCGAGGAGGAAGCUGCCGGGGCAUCGCCUGCACCAGCGGCGCAGCUGGGGCGGGAGCGCUGCCCCGUGCGGCCCGCGGCGCCCGCCGGGCCGGCGGGCGGCGCAGACGCCGCAGGCGCGGCUCUGCGGCAGCUCACGCGCGAGAGCAUGCACGCGGAGGUGCGCAUCGCGCUCGGGGAGAACUUCGUGGCGGGGAGCACCGGCGUGACCGGCGUGUGCCUGUGCGCCGGCAUGUCGGGGGUCGCCGUGGUCGCGGAGGGCUGCCUGGUGGUCUCGGUCGGCAAGUGCGCGCGUCGCCACGCCGAGCUCGUGGCCGCGGUGGACGCGCGGAUGCGCCCCGGCUUCGCCAGGGGAACAAUGCACGUGGUCCUCACGAUCGUUUCAACGGCGUGGAAGGUUGCGUGGUGCUUUCAUUCGCAAGGACUUGUUGAAGAGGCAGGGUACCACAAGAGCCACGGCUGCGCCGACAUACUCUUCCAUUUCAUGAGCUUAUACUCGUACGUCUUGCUAGCCCAGGUGCUCGGAGUGCAGCCCGUCGUCCGCCUGGUGCUCAGCGCGACCGUCUGGGCCGCGACCCGCGGCAUCCUGGUCACCGCGCGCGGCGCGCGCCCGGGGACCCUGGAGGCCUUGGAGGUCGUCGAAUUCAACGCCGCGGCGUUCGCCGACGCCGACGACCCCGCGGACGCGCGGCCACAGCGGGAGUGCCCGAUCUGCCUCGAGGAGUACUCAGCAGAGUCGACCAUCUGCAGGACCCGGUGCCAGCACCUGAUGCACCGCGACUGCCUCGGUCGGUGGCUGCAGGCCAGCCACUACUGCCCGCUCUGCCGCGCUGACGUGGAGGAGCCGGGCGAGGCGGAGUACCCCUGA